AUGGGAACGGGUAUCGUUUCGAUUCUCUUGCACAACCUUCCCUAUAAUAGCGUUUGGCUAUAUUGGCUGUCUGUGAUUGUCUUCGCUUUCAAUGUAUUCCUCUUUGUCCUUUUUAGCAUUAUCUCCUUCGCUCGCUACACGCUCUUCCGAGGUCUCUGGACAUCAAUGCUAAACCAUCCCACGCAGUCUCUCUUUCUCGGCACGUUUCCGAUGGGCCUUGCCACUAUUAUCAACAUGAUCUGCUUCGUGUGCGUACCUGCUUGGGGUUCAUGGGCGGCGACUUUGGCAUGGACGCUGUGGUGGAUUGACGUUGUGAUCUCGCUCGCGAACAACAUGUAUCUGCCUUUUGCCAUAAUGUCUCGCCAUUCCAAUCAGCUCUCCGGGAUGACUGCAGCCUGGUUGCUUCCUAUUGUGUCCACCAUUGUUGCUGCUGCAUCCGGUGGCAUUGUGGCAUCGGUUCUGAAGAAUGAACAACACGCGCUCUGGACCAUUAUUGUGAGUUACAUUCUCUGGGGAACUGGGGUGCCCUUGGCAAUGAUGGUGCUCGUCAUGUACUUUCAUCGACUCACGAUUCAUAAACUCCCACCUCGAGAAGUCAUCGUGUCGGUUUUCCUUCCUUUAGGACCAUUGGGCCAAGGGUCGUUUGGUAUCAUGCAACUUGGAAAGGAGGCUAUGAGAGUUUUUCCCCAGACCAAUAGUCUGCCUGCCCAAGUUGCAGCUGGAACCGUGCUUUAUAUUGUUGGCUUCAUGGUUGGACUUAUCAUGUGGGGAUUUGCCCUUGUGUGGCUUUUCUUUGCCCUUGCGUCAAUUAGACGCUCCAAGUUCCCCUUCAAUAUGGGAUGGUGGGGUUUCACUUUCCCUAUCGGUGUCUUCACCGUCUCGACAACCACUCUUGCGAAGGAGCUUCCUUCACUGUUCUUUAAAGUCUUGGGCACCAUUUUUUCCGUGGCGGUAGUUUUGCUUUGGGUUGUCGUCAGCGUAGGGACAAUUAUCCAAACAUGGCAAAGAAAAAUUUUCGUUGCGCCGUGUCUCAAAGAGUGGGAAAAUAUGGAGGCUCAACGAUAUGCGAGAGACGGGCAAGUUCCGCAAAGUGUUUAG